AUGCCCGAGAGCUCAUCAAUCUUGACGAGAGAACACAUCACUCAACCGCUUAGAUUGUUAUCAGCCAAUAAAUCAAACUCAUCACAUAACUUAAACUCAUCCUCAGGGUCAAGUAGUCCGCCAUCACCAGCAUUAGUGUCGACUGAUCCAAAUCCAAGUCUUGCUUCACAGCAGUUGCAUCGUCCGACACCACAACAAAUUCAGCAACUGGAAUACUUGCAACAACAGCAACAGAAACAGCAACAGAAACAGCAACAGAAACAGCAACAGAAACAGCACCAGCAACAGCAAACAGCACCAGCAACCCUGAUACAACAACAGCCACAAGUGCGGCAGCAAUCGGUUAAUACCGCACAACUGCUGCAGCUGACACAACAACAACCUCCUCCUCCUCCUCCUCAGCGACAACGAGCACGACUGCAGCACCAACCGCUGGUUUCAAGAAGACCUUCAUUUGGCUUGCAUUUCUUGAGCAGUUUUAGUUUGAGGUCGCCACCACAAUCUGAUGCAACUGGUUCGCAUCAAACACCGCAACAAUCUACUCCUCAGCAACAGCAACAGCAACAGCAGCAGCAACAUUCAUCAUCAAUAGCCCCAACAACAAUGUCGCCAGCGCAACAGCAGCUGCUGCAGCCACCCAAUCGCCACCUACUGAACUCUCACGCACAGAACUCGACCCUUCAAUUAAUGUCAAACAGUCCUACCUUGGGUAAUUUGAACAACUAUGUUGACGAAGAGACGAAUGAGGCCAAUGUUACUGCAUUUCACGAUACACUUGAAGAACCGCCUGAAACCACAGCUGGGACUUCUGAUGUCAAUUCAAGGCCGCAACCACAGCCGACUGCUACAGCUGUGUCGUCAUCAUCGUUGGGCCUUGUGUCCAGUGAACCAAACUCAUCCUCAGCCCAAGACACAAAGCAAGGGUCAGACGAGGGUAAAGAUAAAGAUGGAUCUUUUUCAGUGCGUUUGACACCAUUGAUUGAUCACUCUUCAUCCUCUAGUGGGUUAUACUUUUCACCAAUUAUACGUAAAAUCAAGCCUGGAUCGAAACUUAGUAUUGGUCGGUAUACAGAAAAAAAUAAAGCGGCAGCACAUGCGGCACAGGGCUCAUCAGCACCGAUUGUUUUCAAAUCAAAGGUGGUUUCACGUACACAUGCAUUAUUGGAUUGUAAUGAGGAUGGACAAUGGUUUCUCAAGGAUUGUAAAUCGUCACUGGGUACGUUUCUAAACCAUAUUAGACUUUCACCUGCGUCACAGGAAAGUUCAUUGAUGCCAGUGAUUGAUGGCGAUAUAAUUCAAUUGGGGAUGGAUUAUCGAGGCGGGACAGAAGAAGUGUAUCGAUGUGUCAAGAUGAGAUGCGAGUUUAACAAGAGCUGGCAACGCAAAGUGAAUCAAUUCAACUUAGAAAUUCACAAGAAAUUUAGAAAUUUGAGUAUAAGUGAUCCAAAUAUAUUGGCCAAUGGUGGAGACAAAAAUGGAUCUCAAUCAACUACUUCAGAUAAUAAUAAUAAUAAUAGUGAAUGUGCCAUUUGCUUGAUGAAGGUUGAACCGUGUCAAGCGUUGUUUAUUAGUCCUUGUUCACAUGCGUGGCACUAUAAAUGUAUCAGACCCAUCAUCAUCAAAAGCUAUCCCCAGUUUUAUUGUCCCAAUUGUAGGACAAUGUGUGAUUUGGAAACGGAUUUGGAAGAUGACGAUGAUGAUGAUGAUUGA